AUGAUUGCAACCAGGGUCAGAUUCGGUGGUUUGCCGAACAUAGUGCAUCGGCAGUUUUGCAGCGGCAGCUUGCAACCGAUACGAUAUGGAAUGGCACAACACCAACGUACGCUAAAUGUCGCUACAGCUAGUGCACUGAUAAGUGAUACCAAAACAACCUUACCAGUGUCGUCACGCGGUCAUAGAAUGUUUUCCAGCAUCAACUAUCUGAGGGGUGAUUUGGAGUGUACGGCCGGGACGAUGAACGAUGUGAAACAAACGAUAAUACAAAAACUAGGCAUUGAGGUCGGCUACACACCAUUCGUAAGCACCCGCGAACAUCUGGUCAAGUAUGUUCCGCAAUCCGUUAGUGCGCUUCCACCCCGCAGUAUGCAGGAUUCGUUUACAUCGGCGAUAAUUCCGCUGACAACGGAUAAAAUUCUCAAGGACAAGUAUGUCGGUUUCAUGGGAAAUGUGCGCGUUGGUCGGCUUAUGGAAGAUAUGGAUAUGUUUGCCGUAUGGGUCGUUCAUAAGCAUGUACUGGUGCCGGAUCUUCCGGAAGGUGUUUCGUUACCAUACACCUUCGUAACCGUGCUGGUAGACAAGAUCGACUUUACCGACCUAGUGCCAACGCAUGAUGCCGAUAUUCGUCUUUCGGGCCAUGUAAGCUGGGUCGGGCGAACAUCCGUAGAGGUGGUAGUAUGGAUGGAGCAAAAGCUGCAUGGAAAAUGGCGUAAGCUUACCCGGGCCUUGUUUCUGAUGGCUGCUCGUGAUGCUACCAACACGAAAGCAGCCUUUAUCAAUCCAUUGGUGCCAGCGAACGAGGAGGAGAAAACUAUUUUCGAUGGAGGAGAAUCGCGUAAAAAGCGGCGCAUUCAGAUGCAACAGGAAGAUUUGCUAAAGACUGAACCGAACGAUUUUGAGCAGCGAAUGGUUCACGAACUGUUUGUAAAAUCAAUCGACACCAAGAGCAAAGCGUUCAACAAGCGCAUCCUUCCACCGGGAUACGUUUGGAUGGAAGAUGCCACUAUGGCGAACAUAGUGUUUUCCCAUCCCGAAGAUCGUAACGCACAUAACAAGGUGUUUGGUGGAUUUUUGAUGCGAAAUGCGCUCGAGUUGAGCUGGGCGUUGGCAUACAAUUUUGCCAAACGACGCCCAAAGCUGGAACACAUAUCGGACAUAAGCUUCCACCAUCCGGUCGAUGUUUCUUCAAUGCUGAACAUGCAAGCGCACGUAAUUUUUACCGAUCUGCAUUACAUGGAAAUUGUUGUACUGGCUGAUGUGUACGAUGCCGUCACUGGUCAGCAAACGACCACAAACAGUUUCUACUACACGUACUCGGUCGCUGAGCGACUGCCCAAGAUAAUGCCCAAAACGUAUCACGAGGCAAUGUAUUAUUUGGAUGGACGUCGAAAGUUCCGUUACGCUAUGGGUAUCGAUGCGGGAAAUUCGAACGCUGCUGCACCAUCGGCAGCUGGUGCGACAGAAACAACGAAAAGCAAAUUGUAA